UGGGGCUUGUGGCAGGCAAAGAAAAGAAGAAGAUGAAGAAUGAAGUGCAGAACAGCCUGCUGCCCCUGCUCUUUCACCUGCAUGAUGAGAGCAAGAGUGUGGCCAAGGCCUCCCAAGAAGCUCUCCGCAGCGCUGGCCGCUUCCUCAACUGGAGGAGGCUGGCACAGCUGGCUGGGACUGAGCAGGCAUGGAGGAUCCGCGAGCGCUUGCUGGCAAAGAACAGGAGCAGGACCAAGGACUACCUGCACCAGAGCCAGCGCUACCUGCAGAACCCACAGGUGGCUCUGCGCCUGGAGGCUGUGAGGUUCAUCGGGCUCAUUGGACGGCAAGUGGACAGGCAGGAAGAUGUGGAGCAUGUCAGAGAGGUCCUUCGACAAACACGGACAGAUGGCAGCCUCCCUGUCUCCUCCCUGCUGGCUCAGACCAUGCUUCUGCUCAAUCAAAGAAGUGGCACCGAGGUGGAGUUUCCAACAGCUGAGCUUACAGCUGCAGAGGGCAUGGAGAAGGUUAACACUCGGUGCCCAGCAAUGACUGAGCAGCCAGGUGAUGGAAGAUAAACAGGAAGAGAAGGGUAAUGUCUUGAGUUUCCAUUUGGAAGUACUGAACACUGCUUUCGAGGGGAAUUCCUUCCCUUCUCCCCCCUGCUCCCUUCUCCCCCCAUGUAAGGGGUUAACGCUCCUGGGGGGGGUGGUCUUGACCUUGACCCCAGGUCAUCCUGGCUCCUCCCCAGCAGAGGGUCUGAAGGUGACUCCAGGUAUAGUGGUUAGCCCACGCCCUGUCUAGCCCCCUGUAAAAACACAGAAACUUCCUGUUUGUCUCAGCCGCCUGCCUGUUCGCUACCACCUUGCUGCUGCUGCUCCUGUCUUCCACGUGCUGGGCAAAUCCUGAAGCUCGACCUCCGUCCGUCGCUAUCAGUCUGGUUGUGUGUGUGUGUGUGUAUAUAUGUUGUAUCUUGCUUUGUUUUCCCCUUCCCUAUACCUCUUUGUAUCUCCCCUACCUUACCUCUACCUUCUGUUUAUUAUUAAAUAAUAAUAGUCUCUUGAAGUGAGACUAUUUA